AUGGCUUGCAAUAGAAAUCAACAAUGCAGGUCAGUGGUUAAGGAUUUAAGUCCUGAAAUCCAGCUAAACAGUGUUGUUUUCUCAGGCCUUUUUUGACAUAUUUUAUGGAGGUUUAAGCCUAACUGGUUUUAAAUUACCAGCCCUGUUGUUUGGUUUGCUCUACCUGUUUUCAAAGGUUUGCGGAUUGCGGUGAGGAUAAUGCCCGAUGCUACCUGAACAUCUGGCUUAGUGUGUUUCGCAUAUAAAGGCGUGUGGCAAUAAUGCAUAAUGUGUCAUUGAGUUGCGAGUUGUCGGCCAGAAUGCAAUUGCUGUGGUGUUCUAUUUUCCUAAUAUUUGCAUUGGCUCCUUCGCUAUCCUUUGCCAACGAUGAUGGUUGCAACGAAGUGGUUUGUGGAUCGGUGGUUUCCAAGUGUUUAAUAACCCAAAGUUGCCAGUGCAAAUUGAACGAUUGCCAUUGUUGCAAGGAUUGUUUGAAUUGCCUGGGAGAAUUGUACAUUGAGUGCUGUGGCUGUUUGGACAUGUGCCCCAAGCACAAGGAUGCUUUGCCCUCGCUAACUCCCCGAUCGGAAAUCGGAGAUAUAGAAGGAUUGCCGGAGUUAUUCGAUACUCUAACCGCCGAGGACGAUGAAGCCUGGUCAACCAUUCGGUUUCCCAUGAGAGCGGGAUUCAAGCAGCGAGUUCAAGGAGGAAGUACAGAUACCGGAAACGGAAACGGAUCGGGUGGCAGUACCAUCUGCACUGUGAUCUAUGUCAACUCAUGCAUCCGGGCCAACAAAUGCCGCCAGCAAUGCGAAAGUAUGGGUGCCAGCAGCUAUCGAUGGUUCCACGAUGGCUGUUGCGAAUGUGUUGGCGGCAAUUGCCUGAAUUAUGGAAUCAACGAGAGCCGCUGUCGAGGAUGUCCCGAGGAUCAGGAUCAACUGCUCACCGCCGAAACAGUUCCCGCCGAGGCGGAACAGGAUCUGGAGCGCUUCUUUGGCAACGAGGACAUCGAGGACGAUGGCUGGAGUUACGGCGAGGAUGAUGAGUUUGCCUAGGCUCUACAGCUUGUGGAGUUCGGUUCGAUCUCAAUAAAGUCAAAGGUUGAAUAAUCAAUAUCUAAAGUCCUGUAAAUACAAAAGUAAAAUAGGUUUAUAAAUGCUGAUAUAUUAUAUUACAUGCUGAUCGUUUACAUAACAAAAGAAUAAAAUUAUAUGA